AUGCAGCUCAAACUUAUCACCGCCGCCAUCGCCUCCCUAGCGGUCGGCAGCGCCAUCGCCGGGCCAAUCCCUCAGCCUUUGGAUGUAGAAGUACGACAAUCCUCCCCCUCCUCCCCUUCAACCCACCUUCUCCAACGAUCAACAUCAACAACCUACCGCUACUUCCCUCUCUCCCUCGAACUCCUCUCCAUGGACGCCCUCGCCCUCUACGCUCGUGCUGAGCAGGACGCGCAGGCCCAGCAAGCCCAGCAGGCCCAAGCCGCCGCCCAAGCCCAACAAGCCGACCAAGCGCACCAAGGCCAGCAGGGCGCCCAAGCCAAACAGGGCGAACAAGCCAAGCAAGGUGACCAGUGGCUCUUCCCCGGCGGCAUCAACGCCGGCGUCUCCUACAACGGGCUCGGCUACGGCGCCUACUUCAAUGGCCUGGGCAUCAACGCCUAUGCUCGCGGGUACGGCAAUGCUUACUUGUAUAACAAUGCUUACCGCGGGUAUGGAUAUGGCCGCCGUGGGUGGAAUCGUUGGGGUUGGUAG